AUGCGCGCGAACAUGCGCUUCGUGGGCCACCUCUUCCUGCGGCAGCUGCUCUCCGCGAAGGUGGUGGGGGGCAUCCUGCGGGAGCUCGUGCUGUGCGAUGCGGAGGACCUGGCGCCGCAGGAGCACGCUCUCGAGUGCGCCUGCGAGCUGCUGAACUGCGUCGGGCUCACCCUGGAGUCCAUGCCCUACGGCCAGGCCGUCAUGCCCGUCGUCUUCGCGCGCCUGCAGAGCCUGAAGGCCCAGAGGGCCGCAGACGGCAAGGGCGCGUACACCAAGAGGAUGCAGUUCACGAUCCAAGACUUGAUCGACACGCGCGAGGCCGGCUGGACGCGGAAGGUCUUCCGCAGCAGCGCCAAGACCAUGGAGGAGAUCCGGGCCUCCGCGCCACAGGGCCAGGGCGGCGAGACGGUGCUGGUCGGGCUGAGGCCGUGCUACAUGAGCGGCGAGGUGGAACGCUUCGUCCGCACGCACACAGCGUAA